AUGGAUUCUUCCUUCCCAGAACGCUCACCUCUACAAGUUGAAGACGUGAUGGAACUACUGGACAUCUGCUUAAAAACCACAUACUUCCAGUUUGAAGAUACGUUCUACCAGCAAAAGGAAGGUAUGGCAAUGGGAAACUCACUAUCUCCGGUGGUUGGUAAUAUAUUCAUGGAGCAUUUUGAAGAAAUAGCAAUAGACACAGCUGAAUACAAGCCUGCUAAAUGGCUGAGAUAUGUCGACGACAUGUUUGUGAUAUGGCCAUAUGGACCGGAAGAGCUACAGAAAUUUCUUCAACAUAGUAAUAACAUCAGGCCUACCAUCAAAUUCACUAUGGAAGUUGAAGUUAACAAUGCACUUCCAUUCUUGCAUGUUUUGGUUAUGAAGCAGGGUCCAAAACUGACCACCAAAGUGUACUGGAAGCCUACUCAUACUGGUCGUUAUCUUCACUUCAAGUCCAAUCACCCACACCACGUAAAAAGGGGAGUUGUUCAUAGUUUGGUCAACAGAGCGAAGGUCAUAUGUCAAAACCAGAAGGAUUUUAGUAAAGAAAUCAGAAACAUAAGACAUGAUCUGAUGCUCAGUGAAUAUCCUAAAGAAUUCGUGGACUCUGUAUUGAAGCCAUCGAAAAGAAAUCGUCCCUCUUCAGACACAACAUACCAGGGCACUGUAAUCAUUCCGUAUGUCAAGGGUAUUGCCGAGAAAUUCAGACGCAUCGGGAACCGUUUGCAACUUAGAACAAUCUUCAAAACGAAACAUACACUCCAGGGGACAUUAAUGAAAACUGGACCCAGUAGAGAUGCCCAGAAAACGAAGCAGUGUGUGUAUAGCAUCCCUCGUGACUGCGGCAGAUGUUACAUCGGUGAAACUAGCAGACCCCUAGAAGUACGCAUUAAGGAGCACAAAUAUAACAUGACACAGGGUUUGCUGGAAAAGUCUAAAUUGGCCCAACAUGCAUACAAGGAAGAUCACAAAAUUCACACGACAGUCCGGAAGGAGUGCCCUCAUGAUGAGGAGGAGGAUAUUCUGAUUUUGGAUGUUGAGGAGGAUCUUCUACUAGAAAUGGAUUUACUGUUGAAGAACAUGACUUUGUGA